AUGGAAGACACCUUCGGAUAUGUCCGGGUGCGCGGCGAACUGGGGCGCAUCUCACGUCCGGGGUCGGGCCAUAUCUACCUGGACCUCAAAGACGACAGGGCGGUUCUGUCCGGCGUCAUCUGGCGCGGUGUUGCCUCGAAACUGAAGAUCCAGCCGGAACAGGGGCUGGAGGUGAUCGCCACGGGCAAGAUCACGACAUUCCCGGGUCAGUCCAAGUACCAGAUGGUGAUUGACGCACUUGAACCCGCUGGUGCCGGAGCGUUGAUGGCACUUCUGGAAGAGCGCAAGAAAAAGCUCGCGGCAGAAGGCCUUUUCGCGGAGGAACGCAAGCAGGUACUGCCGCCCUUGCCAAAAGUGAUCGGCGUGGUCACGUCACCGACCGGUGCCGUCAUUCGGGACAUCCUGCACCGGAUCUCCGACAGAUUUCCGCUGCAUGUGCUGGUCUGGCCGGUUCGCGUGCAGGGAGAAACAUCGGGUGCGGAGGUUGCCAACGGUAUUCGCGGUUUCAAUGCGCUGGAAGCCGGCGGCGCCAUACCGCGACCGGACCUGCUGAUCGUUGCGCGUGGCGGCGGCAGUAUCGAAGACCUCUGGGGCUUCAACGAGGAGACCGUGGUGCGGGCUGCUGCUGACAGCCAGAUCCCCCUGAUUUCCGCUGUCGGACACGAGACCGACUGGACGCUGAUCGAUCUGGCCGCCGACGUUCGCGCACCCACACCCACAGGGGCUGCGGAAAUCGCUGUCCCGGUAAAGGCCGAGUUGAUGGCGAUGGUCGACGACCGUUCGCGGCGGCUCAACUCAGGUCUUGUCCGGUUCGUCACGGGCCGCAGAACGGAACUGAGGGCGGCGAGCGCCGCCCUGCCGGCCCCGCAAGACCUGCUGGCGUUGCCACGGCAAAAAUUCGACACGCUUGCCAACGGUCUCGAGCGCGCGCUGAUCGUCAGUACGAAAAGUCACAGAUCCACAUUCCAGAACCUGGCCGGACGCCUCUCUCCCCUGCUGCUUUCGCGGCUCAGUUCCAAGGCGCGGCAGGAUCUCAGCAAUGCCAGCGACCGGCAGCAGCGCGCACUCACUGUUGCGGUUGCUCAAAAGCGGCAGGCAUAUACCGCUGUCGCUGCGCGUCUCACGCCUUCUCGCCUGUCCCAGCAGACGCUACUCGGCCAGGAGCGCGUCACCGGGCUUUCGGAACGGCUCGACAGGGCUUUCCUCGCACGCGUUACCCACGAGAAAAGCAGGCUCGACGGAUUGCAGAAGUUGCUCAAGUCGCUGUCCUACAAAGAUGUUCUUGCGCGCGGAUAUGCCGUUGUCCGCGAUGAAGCCGGACAACCGGUCAGAUCCGCAACCGCUAUUGCCUCAGGUGCGGCACUUGCCAUCGAGCUGGCCGAUGGAACAGUGGAUGCCGUGGCGAUGAGUGAUAGCGCCGCUGCCACCCCCCGCAAAGGCAAGACCAAAAAGUCCACUUCUUCAAAAUCGCGGCCGGAAAAUCAAGGAGACCUCUUCUAG